AUGGGAAAUAAUCUUGCUUGGAUAGUGAUGGGUGACUUCAAUGAAGUACUGCAUAUUGAUGAUAGGAUUGGGGUAAAUCCUGUAAGUAUGGCAGAGAUAGUGGAAUUUCAAGCUUGUGUGGAGGAGUGUGAACUUGUGGAAUUACCCAGACAAGCAUAUAGUGCCAACUUCAUGGCUGAGGGGCUGAGCGACCAUUGCCCUGUAAAAAUUUCUUUAAUCAAUGAGCUAAGAAUGGAAAGACCAGCUUUCAAAUUUUGUAAUGUGUGGACCAGCCACCUGCAAUUUAUGAAUAUAGUGAAUGAGGGUUGGAAUCAAAACGUGGAAGGGUGUCAAAUGUUCAGAAUUAUAAAGAGAUUGAAGGCAAUGAAAAAGCAGUUGAGAGUGCUGAACAGUCAGCAUUUUAGGAACAUUAUUACUGAGGCAGACGAGGAUAAAAUAGCUCUAGGAAAGGCCCAGGCUGAAUUACAUAUACAGCCGCUAGAUGAAGAACUGCAGGAGCAGGAAAAAAGGAUGUAUCAAAAAUUCAGAAGAACAUCAUAUUUGGAUGAAUGUUUUCUACAACAAAGAAGUAAAAUAAAUUGGUUGCAACUCGGAGAUGAUAACACAAGGUUCUUUCAUGCUGUAAUUAAACACAAGAGACUACAACAUACCAUUAUUCAGGUGCGGGACAAAAAUGGAGUGCUACAGACUAACCAACAGGUUAUUGCAGAGGCAUUUGUUGAAUACUAUCAAAAAUUACUUGGAAAGAAGGAACAAGGAAAGGAGAUAACAAAUGCUGGAAUACUAAGACAGGGUACUAUACUAAAUACUGAGGAGCAAUUGACGCUGGUCCAGGCAUACACGCAAAAGGAGGUCAACAUAGACAUAAAUAAGAGUCCGGGUCCAGAUGGGUAUGGGAGUGGGUUUUUAAGAGCAGCAUGGAGUAUAGUGGGGCCAGAUGUGACACAAGCAGUACUAGAAUACAUGGGGAAUGGACGACUACUCAAUUAA